CACACACACACACACACACACACACACACACACACACACACACACAUCUCGGAGCAUCUGUUUAAGGCCAUCUCUGAGAGACGCAGCACCAGCAAAAGAAGAGUGUGUCAGGAGAGGAGAGAAAUGACACACGGAUGAGGAGAGAGACACACACAUUAGAGAAACACGGAGGAAGAGAUUGAAAGGAAAGAAAGGAAAGCAGUCGCCCAGGGAGGGGGCGGAUCCAAACAUUAAGAGGAGAAUAGGAGAAGAAAGAGUGAGCAGAGAGAGAGAGCGAGAGGAGAAACACGGCAACAAGCCUGAAGAGCAACCAGUCGCGAGGAGCUGCUCCAGGAGCUGCUUCAGGAGCGUGCUGCGGAGCUGCGGUGUGUCACGUCUGUUCCGGACGCUCUGCGCUGUAAACCAGCCGAGACUCAACAGCAAGGGACUCAACACGUGCGCUCUGGUUGUGUGAGUGUGUGUGUGCGCAGGCGGCGGCUAGCACACAGGUGCGUACAGGUGUUCUCCUGUAUGAGAGAGGAUGGCGAGCGCUCAGCCGGGGGUCCAUGCUCUGAAACUCCAGACCCCCUGCGUCUGCAGCGCGCUGAGGAAUGGAAGCAACUUCACCAAAUGGGACGACGACCUGUCAACCUUGGCCCCCGUCACCCUCCAAGUGGAUCCACAUGGGUUCUACCUUUACUGGACCGACCACAACAAGGAGACAGAGCUCCUGGACCUGACUCUGGUGAAGGACGUCAGGACCGGCCGCAGCACCCGAACCCCAAAGGAGGCCAAGCUGCGUGAGCUGCUCGAUGUUGGGAACCUGGUUGGUCGGCUGGAGAACCGCAUGGUCACCGUGGUUACGGCUUCAGACCUCGUUAACGUCAACCAGCUGAACUUCAUCGCAUCGCAAGAGGACGAGGCCAAGAUGUGGUGUGAGGAACUCUUUGCUCUGUCUUCCAACCUUCUGAGCCACAAUCUCAAUAGAGACCAAAGCCUCCUCAAGGCAUACGUGAAGCUGAGCCUCCAGCCCAACGCCGAAGGCAAAAUCCCCAUCAAGAACAUCGUCCGGCUGUUCUCCUCAGACAGGAAGAGGGUGGAGACCGCCCUGGAGAGCAGCAGGCUGCCCUUCGGACGGGGUGACAGUAUUAAACUGGAAGACUUUUCACCAGAAGUCUACCGGAGCUUCCUGGAGAAUCUUUGUCCAAGGCCAGAACUCACCAGUGUUUUCAAACUAAAGGGUGCGGAUGACGGGCUGGUCUCUGUCCACCAGCUGACGGAGUUCAUCAACAACAAACAGCGAGACCCCCGGCUGAACGAGAUCCUGUAUCCUCCGCUGCGGCCCGCACAGACCCUCGCUUUGAUGGACCGAUACCAGCAAGACAAGGGUCUGCUGAACAAAGGCCUCAUCUCUCUCCAGUCGUUCAGUAGUUACCUGUCCAGUGAUGAGAACGGAGUGAUACCUCCGGAGAAGCUGGACCAGUCUGAAGACAUGAGCUUCCCUCUUUCUCACUACUUCAUCAACUCAUCACACAACACAUACCUGACCGCGGGUCAGCUGGCCGGCAGCUCGUCUGUGGAGAUGUACCGACAGGUGCUGCUGGCUGGCUGUCGCUGCGUGGAGCUGGACGUGUGGAAGGGGCGCACUGCAGAGGAGGAGCCCGUCAUCACACACGGCUUCACCAUGACCUCUGAGAUCCCCUUCAAGGAAGUGAUUGAAGCCAUUGCAGAGUGCGCUUUCAAAACAUCCCCUUUCCCUGUCAUUCUGUCUUUCGAAAAUCAUGUCGACUCCCUGAAACAGCAGGCCAAGAUGGCUGAGUAUUGCCGUUCUAUCUUUGGGGAAGCUCUGUUGAUUGAUCCCCUAGACAAAUAUCCUCUUGAAUCUGGGGUCCCCCUGCCCAGUCCUCAGGAGCUGAUGGGUAAGAUCCUCAUCAAGAAUAAGAAGUCCCAUAAAGCCGCAGUGGCCCCUGAAAUCAAGAGGUUGACUGACCAACCAUCCAAUCAGAAUGCAGAGUCCACGUCGCCAAGCAACCACAUCAGCGAGAUAGAGGCCGAGAGUGAGGAAGACGAUGAGGAUGAAGACGACGAGGGUAAAAAGGGGUCAGCAGAGAGAGAGGCGGUGGCCACUGAGGAGAUGUCCACCCUGGUCAACUACGUCCAGCCCACCAAGUUCAACUCUUUUGAGGCAUCCAAGAAGGCUGGCAGGUCUUUCCAGAUGUCGUCCUUUGUAGAGACCAAAGCACUGGAGCACCUCACCAAGUCCCCUGUGGAGUUUGUGGAAUACAAUAAAUCCCAGCUGAGUCGUAUAUACCCUAAGGGGACGCGAGUGGACUCCUCUAACUUCAUGCCUCAACUCUUCUGGAACGCCGGCUGUCAGCUGGUGGCGCUCAACUACCAAACGAUAGACCUUUCCACACAGCUGAAUCUCUUCAUGUAUGAGUACAAUGGCCGCAGCGGGUACAGGCUGAAGCCCGAGUUCAUGAGAAGGCCGGACAAACACUUUGACCCUUUCACAGAGAACACAGUCGACGGCAUUGUCGCCAACACUCUUUCUGUCAAGGUGAUCUCAGGCCAGUUCCUUACCGAGCGCAGAGUGGGUGUGUAUGUUGAGGUGGAGAUGUUCGGACUUCCUGUUGACACCAGGAGAAAAGCACUGAGGACCAAAACCUCUCAGAACAACGCCAUCAACCCUGUGUGGGACGAGGAGGCAGUGGUCUUCAAAAAGGUGAUUCUUCCUACCCUGGCCUCGCUGAGAAUCGCUGCUUUUGAAGAGGGAGGAAAGUUCAUCGGUCAUCGCAUCAUUCCAGUGUCUGCCAUACGACCAGGUUAUCGCUACAUCGGUCUGAGGAACGAGAGGAACCAGAACCUGAUUCUGCCCGCUGUGUUUGUGCAGCUAGAGGUUAAGGAUUAUGUACCGGACACUUUUGCAGAUGUGAUCGAGGCGCUGUCCAACCCCAUCCGCUACGUCAACCUGCUGGAGCAGCGGUCCAAGGCGCUGGCUGCCCUGACCCAGGAGGACGGAGAGGAGGAGGCCCACACUGAGGAGGAGGCUGAGAGCUCUUUAGACCGGAAGAACGACCCAGGGCCAAUCCCCGUAGAGAACGGUCUUAGCCCCGCCCCUGGGCCAACCAGCCAAACGCAAAUCACCACGACACCAAAGGCAACCGCAGCCAAUCAGCAGGCAGCAGCCACAGAAGCGGCCAAGCCCGCGGCCAAAACAGAAGAUCUGGUGCUCAGUGUUCUGAUAGACCUCCCGCUGUGUUCGCUGGAGAGCCUGCAGCAGCUCAAGGGCUACCAGAAGGAACAGAGGCGACAGUUCAAGGAGCUCAAAGAGCUGGUGAGACGGCACCAGAAGAAGACCUCUGAGCUCAUCAGAGACCUCAACAACCGCCACAAGAAGACCGCGCGACAGCACAGCAAGAACAGGAGUGAGUCUGCAGAAGGCGAGCGGGAGGAGGAGCUGCAGCAGCUGAAGGAGGAGCAGCACAAGCAUCUCCUGGCUCUGAGACAGGAGCAGUACUUCAGUCAGAAAUACCUGCAGAGGGAACACAUCAAAACGCUGACCGAGCGACUCACCGGCCUGGCGGAGGAGAAUCACAACACUCAGAUGAAGAAACUCAAAGACAUCUGUGAUAAGGAAAAGAAAGAGUUGAAGAAGCAAAUGGAUCGGAGGAGAACAGACAAGAUCAAUCAGGCCAAGACCAAAGAGAAACAUCUGGCAGAAGAGGAGAAGAUUGAGAUCAAUAAGUCCUACGUCACCGAAGUGGUUCAGAACAUCAAGCGGCUGGAGGAAACCCAAGCCAAGCGUCAGGACCAGAUGGGGGAGCAGAACGAGCAGCUCCUUCAGGAGAUAAUGGAGCAGAAACCUACGCUCCUGGGAGCCGUGGAUGCUGACUUUCAGGAAAAGUUCCAGAUGUUACCGGGGGAGAUCGAGGACUUCCUGCUGGACAGGAAGUUGGCCCGCGGUCACAGCAAGUCCCGCUCCUCAACCCCACAUGAUCCUCUCUCAGAGGAAGACGGAUGAUAUAUGAAAGAGAGAGAGAGAGAGAGAGAGAGAGAGAGAGAGAGAGAGAGAGAGAGAGAGAGAGAGAGAGAGAGAGAGAGAGAGAGAGAGAGAGAGAGAGAGAGAGAGAGAGAGCAGACAAAGGGAAGAUGGAGAAACAUCAUAUGAGAUGGUCUAUAUAUUUUUCAUAUAUACAUAUAUUUCUAUAAAUAUCAAUGCUCUUUAACUCUAAGGAUUGCAACUCUGAGCAUUUUCAAGGCCUUGAUAUUCUGAUCAAAUCCCCAAAGCUUGUCGCAUGCAUGAUAUAGGAUCAAUCUUUCUUUAGAUCUAUCUAUCUACCCAUCCAUCUAUCUAUUGAUCUAUCUAUCUCUCUUUAUCUCUCUCCAUACAUAAGUGAACAUAUUGUUAUUGUUAAGGUCUUUUAUUGGUUCUGACUGAAGACCAAACUGUAUCCGUGUACAUCUUUGGGUUACGUGGAUUCUAAUCCAGCCCAUUACUGGAACUAAAUCACCCAAAGUAAGUCAAAUCCAAAGGCAUUUCAGUUUGUGGGUCUGUGUGUUUUCUGGGCUCACAGCGAAUACAUUCGAGCAACGAUUAUAUCCACAUAUCUUUUUAAGGCUCAUGCUUUUUCUUUCUAUGUAUUUCAUGUUUUAAAAUGCCUACUUUAUGCGCCAAAACAUCCAUUCUACAGCCCUUGUCCUCCGCUUAUAAUCAAUAACCAGAAUCAGCUCCACCAGUAAGAGGGAAGGUUGAGGCUGCAGUCGAAAAACAAUGCUUGAAGAACAACGACAAGCUGGUCCAGCAUCUCAGCGGGAACCUGUCAAAUCUGUAAAAUCGACAGUAUGAAAUCAAAAUGACACAUGCUUAUGAACCAGCUGAUGUUAACACAAUUCAUUUCUGAAUGGUUCCAAUAACAUUGACCAGCAAGGUCAUUUAACUAUAUUUAUGAAUGAUUGGCUUUCUGAACAGUAUAUCAACUGUACAUUAUGUAAACCAAUGCAUUUGGUUUGGGGUAAAGCAGCAUGGUUUUAUGAGGGUUAGGAUAAUAUGUUUAAAUGUGUGUGCGAUGGUGUGUAUUCCCCAGUCCAAUGUCUGUUUGAGAUGUACAGAUUGUUGAAAACAUGUUUUCACAUCUGACGACAUGUGUUUGAGAACAUGCUUCCAAAGCAAUGAUCAAAUGCACCUGAUGGAUGGAUUAGUGCUUGUUGGUGAAACCAAAACUGUUUUGUAUGCUUUGUAAAUCUGGCUUUUGUAGGGAAAAUACAUUAUAGCUUAGUUUUGAUCAACCAAAGUCCCAAAGAACUGACUAAUAUGCUCUUAUUUUACAAGUAAAUAUUACUUGCUUGCUUGAGAAUGGAAAAUACACCAAAAGACUGUUAAAAGGUUUAAAGUAAUAAUAUUCCAAUCGGCCCCAGCAUGUGCAUGUGGGUAUGUGUUAUUUAUUAUUAUUAUUAUUUUUAUCUAUUUCAAUCUGCACUAUGUACGGUUACAUUAGCAUCCUCUAGUUGCUCAAGGUGUAGCUACUACAGUUAUUAUUAUGCUAUAUUAUCACCAAGAGUCCCUGGAUAGAUCGACUCAUGGUUGGUUAGGGUUUGAGAAAAGUAAAAGAUAUUUUUUUGAUGGAGCAAAUGGCUGAUUUAGUGUGUGCAUGUUUAAGAGUACAAUGCUGGUGGGGGACCAUGAAUCAAUUGGGUAACCAUAAAACCAAAUACAAUGGAGAAAUCGACUAUACGAGUUUUUGUAAGAACAUUGCUAGUACCGUGUUUUUCAAACAUUUUCUCAAAUUCUGUGGACUUUCUAGCAUUGUCUCCACCUAGUCAACAAGAUAUCAUGUUGUUGUCGAAUGGGCAUUUUGUAAGAACCUAACACAUUCUUCUGUGGAACAUUGUAGAUCAUUCUAGACUGGAUAUCCAGACUCAUUUCUACAAUAUUUUGUAAUAAUGUAAGGUCCAAUGAUGUAUUUAAAGCUGUAUGUGAUGCAUUAUAAAUAAAGUCAGUUUGUAAAUACCACAUUUAAAGAAACACCUAUAGCUCCCCCGUGUGUUGCUAACUGAUGUCAAAUACAGUGGCUGAUAAUCUCCAGCGAUACGCCUUGUAAAACCCACACCUACCAACUGAAACUGAGCAUGCUUUACUGUUUAUUUCAUGUUUUAUUUAAAGUUUAUUUACUGGAUGCUGUUUUGAAUUAAACACAUUUAA